AUGGAGGCGGUGGUCGUCGACGCGGGGUCCAAGCUGCUGAAGGCCGGCAUCGCGCUGCCCGACCAGGCCCCGGGGCUGGUGAUGCCCUCCAAGAUGAAGACGGAGGUGGAGGAGAACGAGGUGGCCGACGGCGCGGCAGCGGUGGUGGAGGAGGUGGUGCAUCCGGUGGUGCGCGGUUUCGUCAAGGACUGGGACGCCAUGGAGGACCUGCUCACCUACGUCCUCUACAGGAACAUCGGCUGGGAGAUGGGGGACGAGGGCCAGAUCCUCUUCACCGAGCCACUCUUCACGCCCAAGGCUCUCCGGGAGCAAUUAGUGCAACUUAUGUUCGAAAAAUUCAACGUAUCAGGAUUUUAUGAUUCUGAACAGGCUGUAUUGUCCCUUUAUGCUGUUGGUCGCAUUUCGGGUUGUACGGUUGACAUUGGACAUGGGAAAAUAGAUAUUGCUCCAGUUUUUGAAGGUGCUGUUCAGCACGUAGCGUCGAAGAGAUUUGAGAUUGGAGGAACUGACUUGACAAACCUAUUUGCACAAGAACUAAAGAAGUCCAACCCAUCAGUAAACAUUGAUAUUUCUGACGUUGAGAGGCUGAAAGAGCAGUAUGCAUGCUGCACAGAAGAUCAGUCAGCCUUUGAAGCUAUAGCAAGUACAUGCCAGCCAGAAACUCACACUCUUCCAGAUGGACAGGUUAUAACAAUUGAAAAAGAGCGCUAUAUAGUUGGCGAAGCUUUGUUUCAACCAAGCAUCUUGGGCUUAGAAGAUUAUGGCAUUGUCCACCAGCUAAUUACUAGUGUUUCAAACGUCGCAUCAGAGUACCAAAAGCAACUGCUGGAGAACACUAUGUUAUGUGGUGGCACUGUAUCUAUGACUGGUUUCGAGGACAGGUUUCAGAGAGAAGCGAAUCUGUCUGCCUCCGCGAUCCGCCCAACUCUUGUGAAGGCCCCGGAGUACAUGCCGGAGGACCUGGCGCGGCACUCGGCGUGGCUGGGCGGCGCGAUCCUGGCCAAGGUGGUCUUCCCCCAGAACCAGCAUGUGACCAAGGGCGACUACGACGAGACUGGCCCGUCCAUCGUCCACAAGAAGUGCUUCUGAGCGACCGAGAACCAGCCCUUUACUCGAGUCACAGGAUGGAUGACACACCGUGCGCGUACGUGUUGGCAACUGAUAAAUGAUGCGUGUAGGGGCCAGCGGCACUGGUACUGGACUGGUGUGGUGCCCUUCCUCCUCUGAUGCUGGGCGCCUCUGAGAGCCAUUCAUGGCCUCUGGCUCUGCUUCUGGUUUGGAUGUGUCGUUGUUGCUAGCUUGGCGAGCUAGAUGAUAAGUAGCUAGCUAUUCAGAUUGCCGUCUAUCUUCUUUUUAUUAGGAGUGCUAGCCCAUUGUACCUGUGUCGUACCAUUGCAAAUUUGUUCGCGGGAGUGCAUCGCGUUGCUCUCUCUCGCUCA